AUGAUCUUUACUUCGAUCGAUCGCGAUCGAGCUCAAGCAAGUAAACAUAACAAAAAUCGUCCAUGGUGGUGUAUUCCCCUUUUGAAUUGACAUAGGUACAAUAGUAUUAUGAUUAAUAAAGAUGAAACAAACAUCAGAAUGGAUCCAGACUCGCCACUUAAUCGGGCACAUCAGAUGGAGAGACAAGCUGAGAGAAUGUUACUAUCAGGACGUUAUGAUCAAGCUGUGAUAUGCUACAACCAAGCUGCAGAAAACCUGUCAGAGGCAAUGAAACAUACCCAAGACCCAUCCGCCAUUUUAUCUCUUCGACUUCAACUCGAUAAUCUACUGAAGCAACCUCAGAUUGUCAGGAAGCGGCAGCAAUGGGGAAACAGAAAACAAGACAUGGUCACCACAGUCUGGAACGGGCAGUUCCUGACUGACACUGAAGAAACCCAUAGCCUGGAACCAGACCUAGCUUGUGAAGCUUCACAAGUACAUGUAGAAGAGGAAGAUACCAGGCUAAGGAUGGAUAGCCUGGAGUCCAGAUUCAGCUCAGACGAGACCGACUCUCUCCUCACUUUAGUUCGCCAACAUUUUAUUGUCAAAGAUGAACAGCCAGGCUACAGAGUAUCCCAACUCCUGACAGCUAUGAAGACAUUAAGCCUGGGUCAAAGGCAUCCCGAUAACAACGAGCCAUCAGACAAUGGUCCCUCAGUCCUGAGCGCGAAUCCAGUUGGGCGUAAAGUACCCAAAACCGAACGGACAGUCUUUGAGGAGCUCCUGACCCAGAAUGAAGAGCUUCGGAACCACUUGGUCAAACUCUUCCAGGUGUUGGACAGCUGCGAGAAUGAAAACCAGAAACUGAAAGCCACAGUCAAAGACCUGACGCGUGAGCUGGAGGAGUCUAGAGCUCAGACGGUCAUCAGAGAUGGGGAACAUUACAGAGCCACCCUGGAUACCCCUUUCUCUUUGAUGGAAGGCUUCAUUGGGACCCCUCCCAGUGAAUCUCUACCUCCACUGUCACCUCUACUUAUCCCUGAUUUUGAAGACAUGAAUUGAAAUUAUAUUGUGAUUAUUGCUAUUUAAAGGCAGUGGACACUAUUGGUAAUUACUCAAAAUAAUUAUUAGCAUAAAACCUUACUUGGUAACAAGUA